UGUUCACUGUGUAUCACAGUCACGCACGGGUUGUCUGCUCGUACCGAUGACGACAUAAGAACGUUACUAGUUUGCUGGGACAGGAACCAGUUGGUGGGAAACCAAACACCGAUGUCUUCAGACAGCUACUGAACCAGGAGACUCUGAUCAGAAUGGCGCUGGUGAAGAACGUCCACGCUCUGAUGAAGGACAUGGUGGAAAUGAAACAAAGUAUGGCUGCCAGCGACGGACGACUCCAGGACGCGGAGAAAGAAUUCGUGAAUUUAAAACAAGAGGUGCAGACACUGAAGUCUGAAAACCAACAAAUGAAGGAGCAGGUUACUAAAUUCGAACAAGGAUUUACCGAUAUAAAUACAAAAUUCCUACAGGUAUUUGGCGAAAUUGAUAAAAAGUUUGAAGAAAUUGAGGAAAAUUUCACUCUUGUUGCAACUAGUCGCGUAGAAUAUAAGAGGGAAUUGGACUCAAAAAGGCAGGAAUAUGAGAAAAACACUUCCGGUAUACUGGACGAUAUUAAAACAGAAGUUAGGUUUUUGUCAGUGACUCUUUUAAAUCUAAAUAAACACACUCUAGAGAUAGAUAAAUCUAUUCCAGUCCUCAUCGACAACAAAAUAACACUUUUGUCAGGAAAGCUGAAUGUUUCACUUGAAAUGUUGAGCGAAGAUAUUACAGCUAAUUCCAUUUAUAAUGAACAGUUGUCAACGAACGUGUCUACUUUGGAAAAGUAUCACACAACCAUUAUGAGAAUGAUGUCAGACGACCUUAAUAAGACAGUUAAUGGUUUGAAAGCGGAAGUAGAACAAUCCCAGAAUGACCAGCAAAAGUUGUCGUCUGCUGUAGCGUCCUUGGAAAUUUUCAAACUGAACAUGUCUUUGAACAGCUGUGGUAAGACAUCUCCUGUUGGCUUAACAGUUGGUGUGACAAGUCCCAGCUCCUCCUGGACUGGAAGUACCUUAGUUUUCCCUCAUGUUGUUUAUAAUAACGGAAAUGGAUACAACCCCAGCACCGGGAUAUUCACUUCACCCACGGUCGCCACUUACGUCUUCUUUGUUAAUACUAACGUUUAUGAUGAUAAUUAUCUUUACCUGGACAUUGUUCUUAACGGAAAUUCAAAGGUCAGGACAAUGUCACACAACACUGCACAUUUUAUGACGGGAACAAAUAUGGCUGUCCUCCAACUGGUCAAGGGUGAUGGUGUGUGGGUUAAACGUGAUAGUGGGACAGGUUAUUAUUCCAAUACUGUUCCCAUAACAACAUUCUCUGGUUUCCUCUUGUAACAACAAUUGUAGGCCUCUGAUCAUCUACCGUAAGUCUGUAA